AUGCUCGCGCGCGUAAACCACGAGCGCGCUGCGCACGACUUGCCACCGCUUUGUCUGAACCGAAAGCUGCAGGCCGCAGCAAAGCGGCACUCGAACGACAUGGCUCGGCACGACUUUAUGGACCACGGGGGCACUGAUGGGUCGUCCAUGUCCCAGCGCAUCUCGGCAGCAGGGUACAUGUGGGACGCCGUGGCGGAAAAUGUGGCCGCGGGUCAAGAAGACGUCGAGGAGGUCAUGCAGUCGUGGAUGGAGUCGGAGGGCCAUCGGGAGAACAUUAUGAACCCGACGUACACAAUGUUCGGCACGGCGUGUACCUACAACAAGAACAGCUCCAUGACGUACUACUGGACGCAGGACUUUGGCCGCGGGGACACGGAGGCGUGCGAAAAGGACACGAAGAAGAAGCAGCACAAGAAGAAGCGGCAGCACAAGAAGAAGCGGCACAAGAAGAAGCGCAGACGUUCGACGUUGACUGCCGAGGAGCUGAACCGACUGACGCAGCUGUUGGGGUCGCGCGUAUUGGAUGCCUUGCACGACAACGUGGCGUCUACUGUCCCCAAUGGCUUUUUCACUGAUUUGUCUGAUGGAAACGACGAUGACGAGUUGCAGACGCCGGAACGCUCGAGACUGGCGGUGUCGGCUGCUGACGUUGCUACGCGGCCUCGUGAUGGGUUGUCGGAAGAGGCGGACGAGUCCAAGCUCCGAGCACGAGGUGCUCGACCGUGA